GCUGGGUCCGCGGCGAGCAGGCUCGCAGCCUGCAGCGCCCGGGCCCCCAGCUGCCCGGAGUCAGAACAGCGGACGCCUGCUGGGACCGCGGCGGCGGCGCGCGGAGCGCUCGCCCACCUCCAGCGCGCGCAGCCCAGGCAGGCGUCACCCGCCCAGUUUGAUCUUGGGUGGGGAACCCUCGGGUUGGACGGCUGAACUCUGGAAGCGCCGACUUAGAACCUCUUCUGUCUCCAGAACAGGCAGCGCCGCCGAGAACUGUAGCCGCACCCUUCCGCCUUCCCGCUGUCCCCAUGCACCUGCCCGGCUGCGUCCCCGCCAUGGCCGACGGCAGCUUCUCGCUCGCCGGCCACCUGCUACGCAGCCCGGGCGGGAGCACCUCGCGGUUACACAGCAUUGAAGCCAUCCUGGGGUUUACCAAGGACGACGGGAUCCUCGGCUCCUUCCCGGCAGAGCCAGGCCCCCGGGGCGCAAAGGAGCUGGAUAGGAGGCCGGGCGCGCGGAGCGCCUGCCCCAAGGCGUCCCGGGGAGGCGCCGAGCCCUCCCCGCCGCCGCCCGCUACGGCCGUCCCCGAGUACGAAGCCCCUCGCCCCUAUUGCCCCAAGGAGCCCGGGGAGGCGCGGCCGAGCCCUGGGCUGCCUGUCGGGCCCGCCGCCGGCGACACGAAACAGUCUGAGGAGGAGCAGCCCAAGAAGAAACACCGGCGGAACCGCACGACCUUCACCACAUACCAGCUGCACGAGCUGGAACGCGCCUUUGAGAAAUCCCAUUACCCCGACGUGUACAGCCGCGAGGAGCUGGCGAGCAAGGUCAACCUCCCCGAGGUCCGGGUCCAGGUAUGGUUCCAGAACCGACGGGCCAAGUGGAGGCGGCAGGAGAAGCUGGAAGUGUCGUCCAUGAAGCUGCAGGACUCUCCCCUCCUCUCCUUCAGCCGCUCCACGCCCUCGACGGCCCUGGCGCCCUUGGGCGCGGGCCCCAGCGGCGGCGGCGGGCCGGCGGGGGUCGCCCUGCCUCUGGAGUCGUGGCUCGGGCCGCAGUUGCCGGGCGGGGGCGCCACGGCGCUGCAGAGCCUGCCGGGCUUCGGGCCGCCGGCGCAGAGCCUGCCCGCCAGCUACACGCCGCCGCCGCCGCCGCCGCCGUCCUUCCUGAACUCGCCGCCGCUGGCCUCCGGCCUGCAGCCUCUGGGGCCGCCGCCGCCUGCAUACCCGUGCGCGCCCGGCUUCGGGGACAAGUUCCCCCUGGACGAGGCGGAUCCCCGCAACAGCAGCAUUGCGGCUCUGCGGCUGAAGGCCAAGGAGCACAUCCAGGCCAUCGGGAAGCCGUGGCAGGCCCUCUAGGGGCACCGGGGGACCAUCCUGGGAGCCAGCCCCAAGCCGCACAGGCGCACCCCUUCUCCCCGCCCCCCGCCCCCACUCAGCUCCUCUUCCCCAGGGCCGCCUGACGCCGCAGGCAGGCUUGGAUCCUGGACGCACGUCUUCUUCGGACCUUCGGGAGGCCCUCAGGCCACCCCGCACCCUCACCGACUCCCAGCCCUGCUGAAGGACGGGGCGAGGCGGUCCGGCUCUCGGGCCACACUGCUCUCUCCCUGGCGGGCGCCGGAACCUCCAAAUUCAAGGAGGACCCUAAGGGCCUGACUUGCGCCGCUCUGGGCGGCGUGGCAGCCCCAGAUGAUCACAACUGGGGGGGGGGGGACGGAGAGGCGGGGAGAUAGAGCUUGAGGAACUGUUUGUAUAGUAGCGUUUGAAAGGAUUGGGGAGGAUAAUUAAAGAUUUGCUUGCUUGG